CGGGCGGGUUUGGCCUCGAUUGCAGCCCGGUGCCGCCGCCCGUGCGGCCUCAUGGGGCUGUGUUCACCGCUCCAGUGAGGGACCCCGGCACGGGGGUGGUACAUGUGGAUCUUUGCUGGCCUCCUUCUCUUCCCUGGGGCCUGCGGGACCUGCCUCAGCACCGGGCAGGACUAAUCCAGCCAUGGGUAGUGUGAAUUACUCAAAAGGUUCCUGGCUACAAAGAUUUGCAAAUGGGAAACCUGUGAGAAAACCCAAGCAGCAAGAGCCUUGGAAGGCAGCACCUGAUCAAAGCCGAGACAUCAUUGCUUCCGCUCAGUGCAUCUUGGAGGGAGAAAAUUUUGUGAGGGAGCUGGACAGAUAUUUGAAGCACAAUGAUUUCCUAGAUCUGAGAAAGACAGAGCUUCUGUACAAAAAAUAUCUUGAGAAUGUUUCAGAGCCACUUAUGCAAAAAAUGAAGAACAAAAUGGACUGCCAGUCAGAGAAAGAAGUGUGGAAAAGGAGACAAGAACAAUUCUCUCAAUAUUUAAACUACUGUACAAAGAAGGGCUAUGUGUUUUUGGAUGAUUAUGACCCAUCAGAGUAUGAUCCAUUCUUCCAGAAGACGUGCACAGACUGCUGGAAGGAUGGAAUUCAUCAACCAGCACAAUGACAGAGAGAGCCAAUGAUGUCACCUGUGCUCCAGUUGACCACAGCAGCAAGCACAGCUACCAAAGCUCCUUUUGAAGCAGUCUGACUGUAUUCAGCUGUUCUGAAUGCAAGCAUCCACAGGAAAUAAUCAGCAAAGACAGAAUAUUGACUGUAAACCCAGUGAACUUCCUGAGGAAAAAAUGACAGAAUAAUGAAAAGGGAAAUAUAAAGCUGCAGGUAAGAGCUUGACAUAGGACUUUGGAAACCAACCCCUUCCUCCAUGUACCUCUCCAAACCACCAGUUCUCCUGCUGCUCCAGGACAGUGAUGAUGUCAUUCUUUGAAAAAUUCAAGUGGUUAUCUUUUUUUGCAGUCCAAGAACAAAGUGCUUGUGCUUUUAGGUUCUCUACAGGCUGCCCCUGUAAGACAGAAGUGAUGCUGAUUGACCACACUGCCCCGGCUGUUAAAAACAAACACUG